GUGUAACACUAAAACACAAUUUCCUAGAAAAUAGAGUCCAAAAGAAACGUCAGCUGCAACUAAGCUGAUUAGACAAAACAAACAUGCGAAGAAUUGAAGAAAACUACAACCUCACUUCCCUCUUAAUAUAGUACCAAACCGAUACUGGAUUAUCCCUUCCUGACUCACUCUUGACUCGCCCUGCACUCACCAAGAAUAGCACGAAUAAAGGAUAUCAGUUUUCAAUUUUCACUUGAUUGUGUUGAUGAUGGGAUCGGCAGAGGAGAAGAGAAUCGAGGAUGAGGUGUCCUAUCUGAUUUGGCUAGCCGAGCGAGUUCGCUCGGCGGCGGAUGAGGCCGAGUCGUUUAAAGUCGACUGCGGGGAGGUUGGGAAGCUAGUGGAUCGGCUUUCUGUAAAGCUUCGGACCCUGGUCCGGUUCACCACCUCGGUUCAAUCCCUCUACGAACGCCCGAUUCGCCGGGUACUUUCCGAGGUUUUGAAAAACCUAGAGCGAGCCCUCACUUUAGUCCGGAAGUGCAAGCGCCAGAGCAUCUUGCGCCGGGUCGUGAGAAUCACGAGCGCCACCGAUUUUCGCAAAGUGUUUAACCUUCUAGACGCUUCCGUCGGCGACAUGAAGUGGCUCAUGGGAGUUCUCGACACCGAAAACAACGGGACCGCGAGCGGAAUCUUCCUUUCCCUCCCUCCAAUUGCCAGCAACGACCCGAUUAUUUCCUGGGUUUGGUCUUACAUCGCAAGUGUCCAAAUGGGCCAACUAACCGAUCGAAUUGAAGCCGCUAACAACCUCGCCUCCCUCGCUCAAGACAACGACCGAAACAAAAAAAUAACUGUUGAAGAAGGCGGCGUCCCUCCUUUACUAAAACUUCUUAAAGAAAACUCCUGGACGGAAGCGCAAAUCGCGGCGGCUAAUGCGCUUUUUGUUUUAGCAAACGAGCAGGAAAGAGUCAGGAGUAUCGUCGAAGAAAUGGGGGUUCCAAUUGUGGUUCAAGUGUUGGGAGAUUCUCCAAUGAAGGUUCAAAUUCCGGUAGCGAAAUUGGUGGCGAGGAUGGCGAAGCAUGAUCCGGUUGCUCAAGAGGAUUUCGCCAGAGAGAAUGUGAUUAGGCCGUUGGUAACUUUGUUGUCGUUUGAAACAUUUGUGGAUGAUUCUAGGACACCGUUGGGUAAGCAAAGCAUUCAUUCUAUAGUUCAGAUAAAUAAGGAAAUGGAGAAAAAUUCUUCGACUUCAAGAAACUAUAGCUAUAGACCGUCAUAUUCCAAUUUGCAUAUGGAAGGGAGUAGUAGGGGAGGAAAUUAUAGGAAAGAAAGGGAAAAUGAAAAGCCUGAAGUUAAAAUUCAGUUGAAAAUUAAUGGUGCUGAAGCUUUGUGGAUGCUUGCUAAAGGGAGUGUUUUGAAUAGUAGGAGGAUAACUGAGACAAAAGGACUGCUUUGCUUGGCUAAGUUGGUGGAGAAGGAACAAGGUGAAUUACAGUAUAAUUGUUUGAUGACAAUAAUGGAGAUUACAGCUGCUGCUGAAUCCAAUUCUGAUCUUAGACGCGCAGCUUUUAAAACGAAUUCACCUGCUGCUAAGGCUGUUAUUGAUCAGCUUUUGAGGGUGAUCAAGGAAUUGGAUAGUCCUCCAUUGCAAAUUCCUGCUAUUAAAUCCAUUGGUUCAUUGGCAAGGACUUUCCCAGCUAGGGAGACUCGAGUAAUAGGUCCUUUGGUGACACAGCUUGGUAAUAAGGAUCAAGAAGUGGCAGUGGAAGCUGCUAUUGCAUUGCAAAAGUUUGCAUCUCCUGAUAAUUUCCUCCGUAUGGAUCAUUCAAAGUCGAUAAUUGAAUUCAAUGGUGUUCCAACUUUGAUGAGAUUGCUUAGAGGUGGUGAAAGGACGCAGCUGCAUGGAGUGGUACUACUCUGCUACCUUGCUAUAAAUGCUGGCGAUAACGAGGCUUUGGAACAAGCCAGGGUUUUUACUGCCCUCGAGGGGGCAGACCGAACUGUGGUUGCGCAACAUCCUGAUUUGAAAGAAUUGGUGUCCAAGGCCAUAUAUCACCUCAACCUUUAUCACACCGGAGUCCAUCCUCAGAGGCAAUCAUUUGCGCUAUGAUUAGGCACCCAAUAUUGUUAUGCUUUUCAGGUUAAUUGGAAGGCAAGCUAAUAGUGCAUACACAUUAAAGAUUUGGAUCAGUUAGAAAAAAAAGGAUAGUUUCAUCAAAGUAGACAGGUUUCUGCUUAAGCAAUUAUACAUCGUUCAAAAUACCUUGGAUGCUUUAAUACUUUUUUAGUGGCCAAAUUGCUCGUGAAUAUUUGUCAUUUUUGUUUAUAUUAACUUUGAGUUACUGAUUUCUUCCUGUCUUCUCUAGCAUUUUGUCUUACAUUAUUGCCUUCAUGGUUCCUUCUGUGGGAUUUGAUGCACUAGGAUUAGGAUUAAAUGGCUAUCAAAAUCUGAAGUUCUCCAUUUUCCAAGUAUCAGAGUUGUUUUGAGAUGAGAAUACGACACCAUUGUUGACUAUCACUUUGAGACCAUUUAGCGAGUAGAAUUCCUUUUUUCCUUCUUGAUCUUUUAUUUUCUUAUCGACUGGCUUUUUACCAGAGUGUCGUGGUGGAUGAUGUGGAUUUUUGCUUCGUCAGUAGGACAGGGCUGUCCUAAACAAGAAUUGUUCUGACUUCUGAACCAAUUUACCUUAAUUGAAUGGGGUUUAGAAAUGUUUUGAUAAUCGUUUGUUUCCCUUCUGGAAAUUCGCUAAAAAUAUAAUAAGACAUCUUUAAUCUUAUGCUUUUUAA